AUGGCCGGCAUCAGCACAGAUCGGAUGCGCGAAGAAGUGCGGAAGCUGUUGGUGGGCGUCGAUUUGAGAAGCACUUCGGUAGGCCAGCUACGUGCGUCAUUGGAGAAGUCGCUCGGCGUUGCACCGGGUGCUUUGGACAGCCAGAAGGAUGAAGUUCAGCGCAUCUUCUUCUGCGAGAUUGCUGAGCUCAACCCUGCCGAGCCUGAUGAAGACAAGCGCACGGAACGAAAGGACGACAUGCCAAAGCCCGGAGAUGCGAUGGAAGAUGAAAGCAAAGCUAAGGAGAAGAAACGGGAAGAGAAGAAAAAGGCCAAAGACAAGAAAGACAAGAAAGAAAAGAAAGAAAAGAAGGACUCAAACAAGAAGCACGCUGAUGCAAACCAGAACAAGAAAAGGCGAACGGCUGACGAAGGAAAAGGUGAGAAUGCACCAGAUGCUGCCGCUGCCGGUGUAACGGGCAGGCCUGGAAGCAGCGGUGACAAGAUUUUGGUGGCCCCGAAGGAGGAGCUGCGGCAGCCACAGGAAGCAGAGGAAGCACAGGAAGCACAGGAAGCAGAGGAAGCAGAGGAAGCAGACGAAGACGGCCUGGAGGCUGAGGAUGUCGAUGACGAGAUGCCGGAAAAGGCCCCGGCACCCCCUUUGGACGCUGCGUCAGGACUUCGCGGGCUUCCCGCUGCAGCGUCUGUUUCGACCAUUCCCCAGCCAGUAAGGGCUUCAGCCAUGGUCCUAAGUGGUUCUGAAGAUGGCACCGUGCGCUUGUGGGACUUGGAACUGGAAACAAAGUGCAUUCGUGUUUUGGAAGGUCACAUGGGGACUGUCCACUCUUUGACCGUCAGCUGGGAUACUUUUGAAGCCGUCAGUGGUGCAGAUGAUUCUUCCAAGCUUUGGAAUCUAAAGCUAGGCGGCUGCCAAAAAACGAUGACUGAGAUUCCAGAAGGAUGUACGGCAGUGGAAGCAGACUGGCGAGGUCGCCGGGCGUUAGCUGGAUGCGGAGACGGCUCUCUGAGGGUCUGGUCCAUGUCCACGGCAGAGCUUCAGACAACUCUGCAAGCACACCGUGGUGGCGUGUGGGCAUUGCAGGCCGACUUCGAACAUAAAAAGCUUGUCAGUGCUGGAGACGAAAACUUCAAAGUCUGGGACGUGAGUGAUUGGACGUGCUUGCGCACGUCAGAAGGACAUGCUGGCGGCUUGAUGUGCGUCUCAGUAAACUGGACAAAGUCCCAGCUGCUUGCUGGAGCAGGGAGCUCGACCAAACGUCUGCAGCUUUGGAACCUUGACUCCGCGCCUGGUGGUGAGAAGACAAGGACGGAUGCUGAACCAGAUGUACUCCAAGGUCACCAGGAUGUUGUGGCAGACCUGGCCGUGGAUUGGAGCAGUGGCACUGCAGUCACAGCUGGCUGGGACGCGCAGCUGAUCAUGUGGAAUCUGGAGAAGAGGGUCGGUGCAGUAGCGCAGAUAAAGGAGGAAAUGGCUCGAUGGGAUAACCAGCGGAGGAUUGCAGAGGCCUCUAUGGACGAGAAACUGGAAGCCAUGCUUCAGAAGCUGGAAGCGCAACGGUUUGCCUUGGAGCAGAAGGAAUCCACGCUGCAUCAUAUGCAGCGAAAUCUGGAAAGGGUGGCCAAUGAGGUGAAUCGACUUGUCGAGGACCAGGAUGCAGUCCGAGAUGUCUGUGAAGCUCGGGUCGACGAGCAGAGCAGACGAUUCACUCAGUUUAAAGCUGAAACAGAAGUCCGCUUUGCAAGUAUGGAAAGGCAGCACAAUGCGCUGAGUGAUGAACUCUGGGGAGACGAGUUGGGAUUGGCCAAGAUCGCUGGAGAGCUGAAGAAGACGAAUGCUACAUUCGGCAAGCUCGAGGAUGCAGUGUCAGCUUUGCAAGAAGGCAAAGCCGAAGCGGUUCAGCUGGAGAAGCUCCGGGCAGAUGUGGCGAAGAUGGUGCAUGAAGCUAAAACAUCAACUUCCCAGAUGCGACAAACCGUUGGCGAGGUGGUCAAUGACGUGCGCGAGCACUUUCGCACUGCAUCAGAGACCAUUGCAUCGCACAAUGCCAACUUUGUGAAGCAAGUUCGCGAAGAGUACCAGGUGGAGCUGUCCAACUCUGCAAAGCUUCGGGAAGAGGUGAAGAGCUUCAUGAACAGGGCCACGCAGAGCGUGGAGAGCCUGGAGCUACGGGUAGACGAGGUGGCGUCCAAGGCCAACGCGUUGGCUUCCGAAGCACGUGAAGAGCUGGAGGAGCUGAACAGAAGGAGGAAGAGGGACAAGACCUCUGCAGACAAUGAGCUGAAGGCAUUGAAGAAGAGACUUGGUGGAGUUUUUGACAACUCAGAUGCGGUGCUUCGCGGAAUCGAGCACAUUUACUCUGUGCUGCAGCCAGUCCUGGAGAGUGAGCUGAUGCAAUGCGCUCUCGAGAAGCAGGAUUCCGUGGAUCGCGACAGAAUCUCGCUGAUGGGAGUGAAAGAUGACGAGCUGACGCUGGCUCGCACCACACACACUGAACCGCAACGACCCAGACCAGAGUGCCGCGUAACAACAGCGCCCGGAGGCAUGAAGCCGUCCAAAAUGGAUGCCAGCCACGGGCUGCCGCAGGCACAGAAGCCGGUGGUCAGGGUUGACAAUCGCUGCGUCUCUUGCAGCGGACAGGCUCCUCUGGUGUUGGCUGCCUUCAAGAUGGCUUGCCUGCAUUAUGCGCCUUCGCCGAUCGACUAUCGAGGUGCUGCCGUAGAGCGCUAUGAACUCCUGGACCGCCGAGAGCAGCUGCUGCUCACAGCCAACAGGUCGUUGCUUCAAGGGCCAAGCGCUUUUGACGGUCCAGGUGACGAAAAACUUUCCCCACGACCUCGAGGACUGCAUCCAGAUGGAGUCCGCGUUUGA